AUGUCGACCCCCCCACCCGGCCGCAAAAUAGUAGCCCCAAAAUCCAAACUCAACAACCCCAAAGCACUCCCAACCUUCACCGGCGCGCCAGGCCCACCCGGAUCCACCACGCAGUUCACCUUCAACAGCCCCGGGUCGAGUCCGCCAGUGGCAGCACUGAAGAGCUAUGGGGGGGCGAAUGUGACGGCAACCCCAGCUAUUAGCGGCGGCCUCUUUGGAACACGAAAGAUAAGCACCGCUGCCGCUGCCGCUUCCGGAAGUAUGUUUGCGACUGCUUUCGGCGCGGACGCGGUCACCACCGGGCGAUCUAGAGCUACAGCCCCGCCGCUAUUUGGCGGGCCUAGUACGCCGCCGGUAUUUGGGGGCGGACCGACGCCGGCGUCGUCGAGUCCACUCAGCUCGCCGUUCUCCGAUGCCCCAAAGACAAGCAUAUUUGGGGGAGCUGCAGCGAAUCUGUUUAAUGCGCCGAAACCUGCUUCUGCAGCGCCGUUUGUGAACCCGUUUGCGACGGCGUCGUCCGCGCCGCCGGUAUAUAAUCCGUCUUUUUCGCCGUUGUAUCCUACUACUGCGCAGGUGCCGGGGCUGACGAUGGGACUGUUUGAUAAGCCUCCUCCUGCGAGUCUGUUUGGCGCACCGGCUUCGGGGGUGACGGAGGGGUAUAAUCCGUUUGUUGCGCCGACAGCUACGCCGCCGGUGUAUAACCCGUUCGCCGCACCUUCUACCACCGCCGCUGCGGUGCCAGUGCCUACUGUGGGGCACUUUAAUACGCCGUCGCCUUCUGCUACAUAUAAUCCGUCUGCUGCGCCUAGCAUCACCACUACUAAUGCUCCUUCUACAUACAAUCCAUUUAUUGCGCCUACAAUCACCACUGCUACUCCUGUUACUCCUGCUACAGUCAAAGAACCUACAGAUAUCUCUGCACUAAUACGGCGAAUAAAACAACAUAUCCCAUCCACCAAUCAGUCCGCACCUUCCAAAAACCCCUUCAACCCACCCACUACAAAUCCCUUCAACCCGCCGGCCGCAAACCCCUUCAACCCACCUUCUACAAACCUCUUCAACCCGCCGGCCGUAAACCUCUUCAACCCACCCGCCAAAAACCCCUUCAACACACCCUCCACUCCGCCCCCUCUUCCUACACACAAACCAUUCAUUGCACCAGUACCACCUAACACUGCCACUACGACUCCCGGUAUUAUGGACCCGGACUUUGCAAAGCUAGCCGCCAUCAUGCGCGAGAUCGAACGUCCACUCCCGCCAGCUCAGCUCGCUCAGCCCGCACCUUCCGCAUUUCUGUCACAGACUACGAUCACCGAUACAACUACACCAACAGGCCUACCUCAAGGCCAUGGGAGCGUCAAUGCCGCUGCCACCACUUCUACCACACCCGCGGGGUGGCCACCGGUCUUUGGGGCCACUAAUUCAGCUUCAACGGGUUCUGGUGGGAGUACUCUUUUUGGGCAGGCGCAGAACACUGCACCUGCGUCUUCGGCGGGUUAUGGUAGCAGCAGCUCACUUUUUGGGCAGACUGUUCCUACACCUACACCUCCCGCCCCUGCCCCUGCGGGAGGGGUGUUCUCGAGUGUAUUACCUACAGCAGCUGCUACGACGGGGUUUUCGUUUGAAAAAGCCCCGGCCCUGCCUCAGGCUGAUGUCCUGGCUUACCCCACAGAUACUAGAGCGCCUUCUGACCCUGCAAGCUUGUUUCAGACGGCCCCGACGAAAUCCACUGCCGCACCUGCAACUUCUGCACCUGCAACUUCCGCACCCCCACUCUCCCCCGCCGUCCCACCCGUCCCACCAUUCCCUCGCUCCACAACUUCCAACCCGCCCACAAACCCGCUCACCCCCAUCACCAGCACUUUCCCCCCCUUUCCCCCCCUCCCAACGUACCUAACCCCCACCACCUCCCUCUCAGACGCAACCACAGACUGGACCGCCACCCUCGAAGCCCACAUAGAGACGUUCCUGUCUCACGGCGCCCUUCUCCGGAACUGCGACACCACCCUCCUCGCCGCCUGCGACGCCAUCAACGACCUCACGCUCGCCACCUCCUCCGCCGAGGCGCAGUCCGCCACACACGACCGAGCGCUCGACCGCCACGCGGCCGACCAGAAACGUAUGGAGGAGAUACUAGACUGGUACGAGGCGUUCAUCAACGCACAGGAACGGGCGCCGGCGCCAGUAGAUGCAGAGCGGGAGGUGAUGCUAGGUCGACUGCUGGGCGCCAGCGAGAGGGUGGACGAGAUGGUCAGGGGUGCGGAGGAGAUGGUGGGCGUGCUGAAUGAGGCCGGGGAGAAGAUGCGGGGGGUGGGGGGUCCGUUGACGGCGGUUGUGACGAUCCUGAACGACCAUUUGGCGACGCUGGUGUGGGUGGAUGGGCAGACGGCUAUGCUUAAUGAAAAAGUCGCCGAAGCAAAAGAGGCCGCCGCCCGUAGCAUACCCGACGCCGAGGGGGACGCGCAGUUUAGCUCCGCCGCCCGGGUACCAUGGGCCGAGUGA